GCAUAGCAUCACAGUACUGUAUCCAUUUUACGAGUCUAGGCUAUUGUUGCCUUUAAGUUUGUCCCUAAGGCUUUGCCGUACAUCGUUGUGCGAUCGCUGAAGCUGUACCUCUGCACGCCACACUACAACACGGCGCCAGUUUAAAAAGUAACAAUUAAAAAAAGAACAAUAACCAACAUUUCGUCUCGAAUUACAGGCUAAGAAUUACGUACUUAGCCUCGACGCAGGACACCCAUCAUUGCUUUAUUGGACUAUAACAUAAUUAUCACAAGAUUCGGGGCCUAGUUUAGCUUACUUAGCUUAGCUUACUUGGCCUAGCUUGCUAGCCGCCGCAAUAUGAGCACAAGAGGAAAGGCGGAGCACCAUGAGCAACUUUGUGGAGCAAAAGAAGACAGCGGUGCUGUUUUUAACCAGUCUCGAUCUCGAUUCGGCUCACGUGGAGCAGACAUCAGCGAAGAUGUUUGUCCUGAGUGGCUGGAUGCAGAGCCUUCUCAUUUGAAAGAAGAAGAGGAGCAGCAAGCCCAAUACAUUAAAGAGGAGGAGCUAGAGCACCCUUGCACGAAAGCGGAGGUGGAUGAGCCCCCUGACAUCAAAGAAGAGGAGGAGGAGGAGGUUAUCUGGAAGGUGCCAUUUAAUGGCGUCCCUCUGAGUAUAAAUGAGGCAAACGGAGAGGCUCCAAGCAGAAGCUCAUGUCAACACAUGACAACAAAAGGUGUUGGAAACCACCAGGAAGAAUCAAAAGCAGAUGGCCUCUUAGCUCCACUAUCAGAUAGUGACAGCACAUCGUCAAAUGCAGAUGAUGAUGAUGAUGAUGAUGAUGAGGAUGUAGAUGAGUCAGAAGGUGAUCUGACGUGUAACACUGACAGCAAACCCUGGAAAUGUUCUCACUGUGGGAAAAUGUAUGCUUAUAAAAGUGCUUUGGAAUUACACAUCAGAAAACACACUGGUGAGAAACCGUUCACCUGCUCAGAAUGUGGCCGGAAAUUCUCUUGUAAGGGAACCUUAACAGGUCACACAAGAACCCACACUGGUGAGAAACCUUUUUCCUGCUUAGUUUGUGGCCAAAGAUUCUGUUGGAGGGAAAGCUUAAAAAAGCACCUAAGAACCCACACUGGUGAGAAACCUUUUGCCUGCUCAGAUUGUGGUCAAAUAUUCUCUGAGAAGGCAAACUUAAAUAAGCACAUACGAACUCACACUGGUGAGAAACCUUUUACCUGCUUAGUUUGUGGCCAAACAUUCUCUCGGAAGGAAAGCUUAACAGUUCACACAAGUACCCACACUGGUGAGAAACCUCUUUCGUGCUCAGUUUGUGGUCAAAGAUUCUCUCAGAAGGAUCACUUAAUGCGUCACACAAGUACACACACUGCUGAGAAGCCUUUUGCUUGCUCAGUUUGUGGUCAAAGAUUCUCUUGGAAGGGACACCUAGAAUGUCACACAAGAACCCAUACUGGUGAGAAACCUUUUUCAUGUUCAGAGUGUGGCCAAAGAUUCUCUCAGAAGGGGAACUUAAACAUACACACAAAAACACACACUGGUGAGAAACGUUUUGCCUGCUUAGUUUGUGGCCAAAGAUUUUCUCAGAAGGGAACCUUAAUAAGUCACACAAGAACCCACAGUGGUGAGAAACCUUUUGCCUGCACAGAUUGUGGGCAAAGAUUCUCUCAGAAAGGAAGCUUAAUAAAUCACGCAAGAACCCAUGCUGGUGAGAAUACGUUUGCCUGCUGAGUUUUUGGCCAAAGAUUCUUGUGGCAACAUCAGAUUAAUAAUCGCAAGUGUGUUGAGAUGAACGGGGAUCAGCUAACAGUUAAGUUUUCAGCUUUCAUCUGUGCAGGCUUCAUGAUUUCAUCACCAAGGCUGAUUGCAUGUUCCUUCUUAUCGGGAUACCGAACUUUUCUUUCCCUUGACUGCAUUGAAAAUUACUUUUGGAUUCUUCAUGGAAGUUAAUUUUCAUUGGGUUGUGAGUUGUGGUUUUUAAAUAUGGCUUGUUUUCAGAGGAUUUUUGGUCAUUUAUAUUAGUUCUUUUUUUUCUAAUUUCAAAAUUGAACCGUCUUUGUCUGGACAGGUUUGGUCAUUUGUAUUUGUUUUUUCUUUUUUGUUUUUUUUCCCUCCUCAAAAUUGAACCCUCUUUGAAUUGGAAAAAUGUUUUCUGUCUUCAAUUUUGCUCCAUGUGCUCAUUUCUCCCCACCCACUUGCUGUCAAUCAACUUUGGAGGUGCUCGGAGUUGAAAGGGCAGUUGGGAUGUGGACGUUUUUUGAAUGAGCAAUGAAACAAUAUUCAUGUAAUCUGUGCACAAAAUACUAGUUUGUGUGCAUUUGAUAAAUAUGUUAAUGUCUCUAUCCUGUAUCAUUUGGGCCACGAAUAAGGUCAAGGUCAUCUUUAUUGUCAAAUAUGCUAUAUGUAUAUAUAAAAUAUUACACAUGUCCGUGAAGUUACUUUGUAUAUGUUAUGCUUUUUUAAAAAUAAAACGUAACUGACUAUUCAUU